CACACAACACUCUUUGCACAUUACUAACACAAAACAACUUCCUCUUCAAAAAAAAAUGGCCGUUUCAAAGCUGGUGUUGGCUGCUACGAGUGGUAAAAGCUGCAAAAUACUGUUAGGGCUAAGGGUACUUGCCUUCUUGGCUACGUUAUCUGCAGCCAUUGUAAUGGGAUUGAACAAAGAGACAAAGACUUUUGUUGUGGGAAAUGUUGGAAAUACUCCAAUUAAAGCUACUUUCACUGCUAAGUUCCAACACACUCCAGCUUUUGUGUUUUUUGUAGUGGCUAAUGCAAUGGUGAGUUUCCACAACAUGUUGAUGAUUGCUCUUCAAAUAUUUGGAGGCAAAACGGAACUCACUGGUUUUCGUCUUCUCUCCGUCGCCAUUCUCGACAUGCUGAACGUGACUCUGAUCUCGGCGGCAGCAAACUCGGCGGCGUUCAUGUCGGAGGUGGGGAAGAAUGGGAACAAACACGCAAGAUGGGACAAAAUCUGUGACAGAUUCGCCACAUACUGCGAUCACGGUGCGGGUGCAUUAAUCGCUGCCUUUGCCGGCGUAAUCCUUAUGAUCAUUAUCUCCGCCGUUUCGAUCUCUCGUCUAGUCCAGCCUAAUAAAUGCUCCUCCUCCACCGCCGCAUCCACCUCCGUCGUCCCCUGAAAACAUUACACACGGUGUCUGUCUCAUUCCUCUGUUUUUGUUUUCUCUUCUUUUUUCUUACUUCUUUGCUUUCUUGAGUUUUCUAGAGUGUGUGUACCUCGAGUGAUUAUCAGAUUGUGUAAGCUGCAUCGAAGCAUUUGCAUUUGUUUGUUACUCUGUUAGUAAAUUUUCUUUCUUUGCUUUUUGUUCAAAUGUGAUAAUCCGAUUUAAUU